CUAGGAACUAGCUGCAACCCACGUUGGCGCCUGCAGAGCAACUGCUGAGGAGUAAGCGGCGCUAAAGGAAGUGACGUCACCUUUCGUUGCGCUGCUUCCGAGUAUUCCAGCGCAAUUGUAAGCAGGUAUUAAACGGGACAAUGAUGCAGUCAAAGCCUUCUGACACUGAAUGAAAUACAAAAGACAAAACUGCAAGCAAAUACAGUAUAUAGUGUAAUGCUUAACUACUGAAAAGUUAAAGGGCAAGUAAAGUCUCAGAGCAAGUGGCUUUUAAAGAUGUGUUACAUGGUAUAGGACUUUUUGUAACACUUUCCUGACGGGUGACUUGUGAUCCUCAUGUAUCAUGCGUCUGAGACUCCGGAAUAUUUUUCUUGUUUAUUUUGUGGUUUCCAGUGUUGGUCUCAUGUAUGCUCUUCUGCAAAUUGGGCAGCCAUGUGACUGUAAAGGCACUAAUGCCCAUGGGAGAAUUCAGCAUUCUGUUGUGAAGGGACACAGAGACCUUCCAGAAGAUGACCACCUGCCUGUCAUAUAUGUGGUGACUCCAACUUAUGCACGUCCUCACCAACGUGCAGAACUUACUCGCCUUUCUCAGACUCUGCUUUUGAUUCCUUCCCUACACUGGAUUCUAGUUGAAGACUCUGCAGAGCGGUCAAAGUCAGUGGCAGAUUUACUUGCCCAGAGUGGCUUGCACUACACUCACCUGAAUGUGCAGACACCCCCUGUAAUGAAGCUUAAGGACAGUGAUCCUAACUGGCUUAAGCCUCGAGGUGUUGAGCAGCGCAAUGAAGCUUUAAGGUGGCUUAAGCUGAACAAAUCUCCAAAGGAUUUUGGGGUUGUGUACUUUGCUGAUGAUGACAACACUUACAGCGUCCGUAUUUUUCAGGAGAUGCGUUACACACAAAAAGUCUCAGUGUGGCCUGUUGGACUAGUUGGAGGGUUGCGAUAUGAAGGCCCCCGUGUGGAGAAAGGACAUGUAAUUGGUUUUCAUACAGCUUGGAAGCCCCACAGACCAUUUCCUAUUGACAUGGCUGGAUUUGCAGUUUCUUUAUCACUGCUUUUGUCGCAUCCUGAAGCUCGAUUUGACCCCAAUGCAGAAAGAGGAUUCCUGGAAAGCAGUUUAUUGGGACAACUGGUAUCUAUCGGGGACCUGGAGCCGCGAGCGCAUAACUGCACAAAGGUCUGGGUGUGGCACACCCGCACUGAGAAACCAAAGCUCAAACAAGAAGAAAUUUUGGAGAAACAAGGGCGGGGUUCAGAUCUUAAUAUACAGGUGUGAUUUCAAUGCAGAGGUCAGACCCAAAUGAACAGGUAUGAUCUAACUGUUAAGGCCUGAUCCAUGGUUUCAGAUUUAACCUAAAUGGCAAUAUUUUGCUACAUUGAUCUCAUGCUUCUGAUACAGUGAACCCCUAAUGUACAGGUUUCUUAAUACGAUGAUGAGAAACUUUACAAGGGGUUCAUUGAUCACAUUCAUAUGUGAGAGAGAAGGCAGUAAAUAGAUUGGUGUGCCAUUUGCCUCUGCUGAGCAGUGUGCUAUCCUACAGAUGUGAAAGUUCUGAAACUGAAAAGUUCUAUAGAUGCAACUUUAUUAUAAGGGUCAAAUAUUAUUGAACAUGUGCAAUUAAAGCAAAUGCCUGAAUGAAUUGCAAAUUCUCUGGCCCUUUUUAGAGACGGGAAUGUAUAUGCAAGACGUGAAAGCAUUCUGUCAGUGGCACAGAGUGUUGUAAGCUGAUGUAAGUAGUGUAUGGGGCAUUAUCGGACCAUAAUCUGUUUGGGAAAGCAUGAGAAUAAUUCUUUGGAAUUACUGAAAUGUGACUUUUAUCUAUUUAUUACAAAGACAGACUUCGGGAAGUAUUUAAUAAAUAUUUUUAUCCCUGAAA